CCCGCUCCGCCACUGAGCCCGCAGCGGCGGCGGCGGCGGGCGCAGGCUCCGGGGGCGCCCGGGGCCCCGCGGCGGCCGCUGCCCUGAGGCCGCGGGGGAUGGCGGAGGGGCCCCGGGGCGCCCCGCCGCCGGGCUCGCCCCGCCCCGCCGUGCCGCUGCCCAACGGGCCCCGCGGCGGCGGCGGCGGCGGCAGCCCCGGGUCGGGCUCGGGCAGCAGCAGCCGCGAGGACUCGGCGGAGCGGAGCCCCGCGCCCGCCGCGCCCCGGGCCAGCAUCAUGAAGGAUGGCUCCCGGCAGCGGCCGCCGCAGAAGAAGAAAACGGUGUCCUUCAGCACCAUGCCCAAUGACCGCAAGAUCAACAGCACGGCCGCCUGCAUCUCCUUCAUGCUGGAGGGCUGUGAGCUGAAGAAGGUGCGCUCCAACUCCCGCAUGUACAGCCGCUUCUUUGUGCUGGAUGCUGACAUGCGCUCCGUACGUUGGGAGCCCUCCAAGAAGGACUCGGAGAAAGCCAAGAUCGAGAUCAAGUCGGUCAAAGAGGUGCGCGUGGGCAAGAAGACACCCGUCCUGCGCAGCAAUGGCCUCUCCGACCAGUUCCCAGAUGAGUGCGCCUUCUCCAUCAUCUACGGAGACAACUAUGAGUCCCUGGACCUGGUGGCCAGCUCGGCUGACGUGGUGAGCGCCUGGGUGAUGGGACUCCGGUACCUGGUGUCCUAUGGGAAGCACACUCCCGAGGCACCCGGGACCGGCCACCCCAGCCUCCGAACCUCCUGGAUCUCCUCUGUCUUUGACCUUGCCGACCUGGAGAAAUCUGGCCGCAUCCCUGUGUCCCGGGCUGUGCAGCUGAUCAAAGCGCUCAACCCAGGCAUGAAGACGUCCACCAUCGAGCUGAAGUUCAAGGAGCUGCAGAAGGCCAGCGAGCGUCCCGGUGCGGAGGUGGCCUGCGACCUCUUUGUGGAGGCGUACUGUGAGCUCUGCACCCGCCCUGAGAUCUUCUUCCUGCUGGUGCAGUUCUCCAGCAACAAGGAGUACCUGGGUCUGAAGGACCUGCUCAUGUUCCUGGAAGUGGAGCAGGGCAUGGAGGGGGUGACGGAGGAGAAGUGCUUGGAGAUCGUCGGCAAGUACGAGCCCUCCAAGGAGGGCCGCGAGAAGGGCUACCUGGCCAUCGAUGGCUUCACGCGCUACCUGCUCUCCGCUGACUGCUCCAUCUUCGACCCGCAGCACCGCAAGGUGUGCCAGGACAUGGCGCAGCCCCUCUCCCACUACUACAUCAGCUCUGCCCACAGUGCCUGCCUGCUGGAGGACAACUUCUGGGGCCGCUCGGACAUCAGUGGCUACAUCAGCGCCCUGGGCCUGGGCUGCCGCAGCAUCGAGCUGGUGCUGUGGGAUGGCCCCGAGGGCGAGCCCGUGGUCUACACCAGCCCCUCGGCCGCCUCCUGCGUGCCCUUCCGUGCCGUGGUGGGGCUGAUCGACCAGCACGCCUUCACCGCCUCCGCCUAUCCCCUCAUCCUCUGCCUGGUGGUGCGCUGCUCAGCCCCCCAGCAGCGCCUCGCCGCCCAGUGCCUGCGCAAGACACUGGGGGAGAAGCUGUACCUGGAGCCCCCCAACCCCGCCGCGUCCUACCUGCCCUCCCCAGAGCAGCUCAAGGGCCGCAUCCUCAUCAAGGGCAAGAAGCUGCCGCCCGGCUGUGAGGACAGCGAGGGGGAGGUGUCGGAUGAGGAGGAAGGCUGGGAGCUGGCACGGCGGCUGGGCCAGGAGGACCGGGAGGUGCCGGAGGGAGGUGGCCCGCGGCGGGUGCGCCUCAGCCGGGAGCUCUCGGAGCUGGUAAGCCUCUGCCAGGCUGUCCCCUUCCAGGACUUCGAGAGCUCACGGCGUGGGCAGCGCUACUGGGAGAUGUGCUCCUUCAGCGAGGUGGAGGCAGGGCGCUUCGCCAACGAGUGCCCGGCCGAGCUGGUGAGCUACAACAAGCGGUUCCUCUCCCGUGUCUAUCCCAGCCCCAUGCGCAUUGACGCCAGCAACAUGAACCCCCAGGACUUCUGGAAGUGCGGCUGCCAGAUGGUGGCCAUGAACUACCAGACGCCGGGGCUCAUGAUGGACCUGAACGCGGGCUGGUUCCGGCAGAACGGGGCGUGCGGCUACGUCCUCCGCCCCGCCAUCAUGCGGGAGGAGGUCUCCUACUUCAGUGCCAAUGCCAAGGACUCCUUGCCCGGGGUGCCUGCCCAGCUCCUGCACCUCAAGGUCAUCAGUGGGCAGAACCUGCCCAAGCCCAAGGGCUCAGGCGCCAAGGGGGAGGUGGUGGAGCCCUAUGUCUGCGCCGAGAUCCAUGGCAUCCCAGCUGACUGCGCCGAGCACCGCACCAAGACGGCCCUGCAGAGCGGGGACAACCCCGUCUUCGACGAGAGCCUGGAGUUCCAGAUCAACCUGCCGGAGCUGGCCGUCCUGCGCUUUGUCGUGCUGGAUGACGACUACAUCGGAGACGAGUUCAUUGCCCAGUACACCAUCCCCUUCGAGUGCCUGCAGCCCGGCUACCGGCACGUCCCCCUCCAGUCCUUGGCUGGGGAGCCCCUGCCCCACGCCACCCUCUUUGUGCACGUGGCCAUCACUGACCGCCGCGGUGGGGGCAAGGGGCACCGCCGGGGGCUGGCAGGGCGCCGGGGCCGCCGAGUGCGGGAGUAUACCUCCACCAAGGCCACUGGCAUCAAGGCCAUCGAUGAGGUCUUUCGGACAGCCACCCAGCCACUGCGGGAGGCCACUGACCUGCGGGAGAACGUGCAGAAUGCGCUGGUCUCCUUCAAGGAGCUGUGUGGGCUGACGCCCGCCGCCAACAUGAAGCAAUGCAUCCUGACAGUGGCCACGUGGCUGCUACACAGUGACAGCGCGCCCAGCGUCACCCUCAACUUGGCAGAGCAGUACCCCCCCAUGGAAGCCCAGGGCCCCAUCCCAGACCUGCUGCGCAAGGUCCUCACCGCCUACGAGACGAUGAUCCAGACCAGCCGGACGCUGAUCGAGUCCGCCGAUGGGGUGUACGGCAAGCUCAUCCAGGCGCAGCAGGCAGGCAUGGACUUCCACAAGGAGCUGCACCGCAUCGAGGCCAAGGAGGGGCUGCGGGGCCGCAAGCUGCAGAAGGCACUGGAGAGCUUCGCCUGGAACAUCACCGUCCUGAAGGGCCAGGCUGACCUCCUCAAGCACGCCAAGGCAGAGGCGCUGGACAACCUGUGGCAGAUCCACAACGCGGGACAGUCGUGCGGCAUCGGCAGGAACGGCUCGGCCUCACCGGAGCCCUCCCGCCUGCGCGCCCCACUGGAGCCCAUCCCUGAGACGGAAGGAGGUGGUGACACAGCAUCCUGCUGACCCUGGCCUGGGGCUUGGGAGGCCCGGACUAAGCACCCCCCCGGCUGCAGGGGCCAGGACCAGGGACCCCCAGCCUGCUGACAGACGGGCAGCUGCCUGCCCGCAGGCUCGGUGUGCGGGGUAGGGUGCCUGUGGGGCUGGGUGCUGUGCUCUGCUGUGCCGAGGGGCUGCAGUGGGGUCCAAAGGAGAGGGUGGGGAGGCAGAGAGGAGGAUGGGGAGGGGUGUUCCCACUCCUGCUUGCCCCCCUCUGAGCUCCCAGGCUUCAUCCAUCUCCUCCAUCUGCUUCCAGAGCAAGCACCCUGCUGCAGGGAUGGCAGGGAUGCUGGCACCUCGGCUCCUGUGUGCAUGUACCCGCAGCCUGCUGUGCCAGACGCCUGUCCCUGGCCAGCGCUGCAGGUUUUGCCCUUGCCAGCCCCAGGGAAAACCUGCCUGAUGGGAAGGGUUCUGACUGGUCCUCAUCCCCUCUUCACGGGGCAGCGGGUUCCUUCCCCUCCCUGGGGACCUCACUGCGCAGAGGGGCUGGGAGGAUGUGGGGUACAGGGGGCCGGGGGCUCACUGCAGACUGGCCUGCGCAGCAGAUGUGGCUUUUGGCAUCAGGGAAACAUUGGGGCUCCCCUCUCAGGGUGAGGGGGUCCCGGUGCAAGCUGUGGGUGGGGGGCGGUCUGGGGGUCGGACCGUGGCUGCGGAGCAUUAUAAAGAGUGCGAGACCCACCCUGGUGCCCUGCUGCUCCCUCCACGUGCCAAGGCGGGAUGAGGUCAUCAAAAGGGAUGGAGGGUGGCACUGGAUCCAGGAUGCCUGGCAGCACCAUCCCUCUCCCCGCACCAGCCGAGCGCAGGGUGACGGCUCCCCAUGUCAAGGAUCCAUGCGGCUGCCCGGCACCCCUUUGUUCAGGGAGGUAAUUAGCCUAAUGGGGCCACGAGGAGCGGACGGGAGCAGGCCAGUGCCUCCCCAGCACUGACCUUCAGCCCCUUUGUGCUGGCCCGGCCAUGGGACCCGCGGGCAAUUACGGCCUCAUUAGUGCCACGCUGCCUGGCCACUGUGCCCAGCCGGCGAGCACCCGCACAAUGAGGAGCUGCAAAUGAGGGGAAAGGCCUGGCCGGUCUCCGAGCUACCGGCCACUGCAUGCCCGCGUCUCCCAGAGACCGGCUGCUCCCGCCUGGCCCUGGCGGUAUUUUUGGCAGCACUAUUGUGCCGGGCCCUAUAAAGUGGCGGCUGCAGCGGGCGGCGCAGGGCUGCCCGGCGGGACAUGCCCCGGUGCCGCUCGGCCGCCUGAAGAUCCCAGGAAGGAUGGAGGUGCCCAACACCAAGGUGGGGCCAGCAGGGCAGCGAUGCGGGGGGGUCCGAAUGGGGGUCUGGGGGUGCGGGAGGGUCUAGCUGGUUCCUCAGGAAGCCCUGAGCGCCCAGCUCCUCCCCAGGGCUCCCUGACCGUGGCCAGCAGCCGAUCGGGGUGGAGGCUCAGCACCGUGUGGGCUCCUCAGGAUGGAGCUGGGCGUGCGGUGCCUGUGGUGUGGAAUGUGGGUGCUUGUGCCUUGUCCCGUGGCGCUCAGCAGCAAGGGGAGGGUGUUUGCCACGACUGCCUUGUGCCAGAGCAGGGCAGGCGUGCUGGUGAGGGCACCUGCAUCUGGCUGCUGGUCAGAGCAUGGGUGGGGGCUGUGGUUUCUGGGGCUGGGGGGGCUGUGGGGAGCAGCACUCUCAGCUCCCCUCAGGGAUGUGGUGCUGGCUGUGCCCCACGGUGCCGAAGGGUGAUGCUCUGGGUGCACCCCGGGUGUGGGGUCCCCGAGGCAGUGGGGAUGAGCAGCGUGGCAGCAACCCAGGCAGAUGGGAGCUGAGACACCGGCAGGACUGGGGGGCAGUUCUGGGGCUGUGCAGCCCCCCACCUCUGGCACUGCUGGCUGCACCGCACUAACGCUGC